UGCAAAAGUUUAGGAACUAUCGGCGUUAGCGUUGAACUUUAUAUUUAGCGUGUUUUGAAUGACAUAGCGCAACUUUUUCAUAAUUGGUUAUAAAACAACGGCCGAAAAUGGAUGAAAGACAUUGGUGGAUCGCGAGUAAGAUCCAGGAGACGUUCAAAAUUGGUGGUUAUGAUAAUCCAACGUUGUUGGAAGAUUUCAUGAUUGAAGAUGUUACACUUGGUAAAAUCAACAAGUUCUUGAAGUCAGGUGGGCCAUGUCGUUUAUUCUUUUAUUGCGAAAAACCUGAAACAGGGGUAUUGUCAACAAGGGAAUUGCAUGUCACAGGCACAUUGGCAUCUCUGAAAGACACAAAUUUAGAACGGGUUAACAUUCUUUACUUUCUAAGGAAUCGAGUUGACAAGGAUGUUGAUGGCACUCGAAUGGAAAGAGAUAUUUUCUGUGGGGAGCUCAAGCACAAUACAAUUGAAACACUCACGACACUUCUGUCUGAUGUUUAUAUCCCGUUAGUAAAGGCACAGAAAGACUGGGGAGAAUGUAACCCAGAUGGCCAGUCACAGCUGAUGAACAAUAUGGACAAAUUUCUCACAGCUCUAAAUGAAUCAACUGCCUCUUUGCAAUCCUCAAAACAGAUGAUGUUGAAGCAGCCUGACCAUGUUGUCUUAAAUGACUUUAAACAACAAAGAGCAGCAGCUCUUGACCCUCAGCUAAUAAACCAGUAUGAAGAGCUGGUGACCGAGUGGAUGAACACAAUUGAGGCAGUCCUCACUGACACUUCUGAUGAAAGGAAAAUGGAUGUACUAUUUCCAAGAAGAUCCAGGUUUAUGGACCCAAAUGCUGGCCCUCUAUCAGAGCUGGAGCGUUGGAGGCGUCGCCAGCGCCUGCUCACCAACAUCACGGAACAGCUAAAGGGGAAGGAGUGCAAGGCUGUCAUUGGCGUCCUAAUCACAGCAAAAUCUAGGCUGCUGAAGAAGUGGAAGACCAUUGACGCUGCAAUCACAGAUGGAAUGAAUGACACAAAGGACAAAGUGAAGUUCCUCGAGUCUCUAAAGCGUCAUUUUGACCAGCUAUACAGCGUGGAAUCCACUCCAGCUUCCAUUAUAAACAACGCCAUCCCAGGCCUUGCCAACAGCGUGAAACAGAUGGACUCUAUCUCCAGAUACUAUUCACGGACUGGCUUUCUGGGUCUCUUGUUCACAAAGGUGACAAACCAGCUGGUCAUGGCAUGCAAGGAGCAUAUCAAGAAUUGCACUCUCACCAUGGAAGAUGACGAUCUGCUGUGGGACCGAAUUGAAGAGGAGAUAGAGUACCGCGACACCAGCACUGAUGUUGACCCAAAAAUCAAACUCCUCAAGAGCCAGGUUGAGUCCAAGCUUAAGGGAGCAACAGGCAACCGAGGAAAGAGUAAGGAAGGUCGUGAUCUUGGUCUACAGGAUGACACCCUGUACGGGCGACUGAAGGCCUGUCUCACACUGCAGGGAUUCUACCGCGAGACCCUGCGUUCCCUCCGUGACUCCAUUGGCCAAUCACAGAACAUGUCCCACUUCCCGUCCAUGAGCAGUAUUGGUGGGCCCAGCAGCUUUACCACGAGGGACAAUAUUGAGUCUAACCGUGGUGUAAUGAGUGGCACAUCACGUCUUACCGGUUCAUCGCCAAAGAAGGGAGUGUCUACAUUGUUGUCAGAUGUACAGGGUCAUGGUGUGCCACUGACGGAUGAGGAGGCCAUUAUGUCACACUUUGACCUGUUCUGUAACCGCAUAAGACAGCUCAUCGAUGUCAUCAAUACCCUUGCCCAGUACACAAAGCUGGUAAAGUCAACAAGAGGAGUUCCGAAGCCGAGAAAGGAAGAUCUCGUCAUUGACGAUGGCUCAGAGCAGGAGGAAUGGAGGAAAUACAAGAAACCCGAGGAUGCCAAACCCAAACAGACAAUUGAGUUCGAGGAUGACGACCCAGACCUCGCAGCAGUUCAUGUAAAGAUGAACUCCCCUGAUCGCUCUCUACGCGUGAUUGAGGAAGACGAGGAGGUUGUUGAUGAUGGCGAUGAUGGGGAUACAGGGCUGCAAAGGGAUGACCGUCGCCUCCAGGCUAUUGGGGAACAGGGGGAUGAGAUGCAUGAUGUUACCAAUGGCAACCAGGGCAUCACUGAGGAGGAACUUGCUGCUAUCAGGCGUUACUAUCCAGAAGAUGAGGAGGAUGAGGGUCCUGCCAUCUCCACCAUUAUAGCAGAACAUGUGACCAAUAUGACAAUGGCCAUGAGCGACUCGGUCACAACAAAAACCAUGCUCGAUGUUGAGUCCAAGGACAAGGACCGGUUUGAUGACCACUACAGUGGAUUCCAGAAGAUCUCGAGUGAGAUGGAAAGGUUUCUUGCCUCCUAUCUGCACGUGAUCUUCUGUCGCAAGAUGAAAACUCAACAGGGCCUUGAUAUCAUUACAAGACUGCAGUCAAUCCAGAAUCGGCCAGGUAUCCGCGCGACGCUAGCUGAAAAGUUUGUUGAGAUAUUUAACUGGUACGAGGCAGACCUAGAGGAAGUGCAGCGUAUAUAUGAGAGCCAUAAGGAGAGCCCACAGCUGGUAAGAAAUGCCCCUCCAGUGGCUGGAGCCAUACACUGGUCCCGCCAGCUGCUCAAACGAAUCGAAGACCCCAUGAAAAUAUUCAGGGACAACAAGGCCAUCACCCAGCUCGGUGACUUUGGCCGGAUUGUAAAGAUCUACAAUCGGUUGGCCACUGCUCUCGUCACGUUCGAGAGCCUCUGGUUCACGCAAUGGAAAGCAAGAAUUGACCAGGCACGAAACGGGCUCCGUGCAACGCUGUUUGUCUACCACCCAAUCACAAAUGAGAUUGUCGUCAACGCUGAUGAGAGGGUUUUGGAGCUGAUCCAUGAGGCCAAGUGGUUGACAAGGCUCGGUAUUCAGAUCCCGGAGUCUGCAGCAGCCAUCAUGGCUCAGGAGUCACGCUUCAAGAACUACAAGAGCCACCUGGAACUCGUGCUCAAUGAAUACAGACAGGUGUGUGAGUCUAUCCCAGACCCCCUGAGGAACCUGUUUACGCCCCACACAGAGUACGUGAACCAGCAGCUUCAGCCCGGGCUCAAUACCCUCGCCUGGAACAGUAUGAAUAUAGAUGCGUUCCUGCACCUAAUCCACUCAGCAACAUCCCGUCUCCGCACCAUGCAGGCCCAGGUACAGGAUGUGAUGGAGAAGAAGGUCUUCAAGACUCUCGAUACCAUUACCAACUUCUACCUCUUUGACCAUGUGCUCGCCUUUGCUAGGUCAUGGCCACCAGAAUUAUUCCGCGAGGAGAUGUUGCGUACUGUCGAGGAGCGAUCGGCAAUGUUGCAGGAUUAUGUUGAAGUCAUUAUGGAGGGAUUGCAGUCAGUUGCCAACAUUCUUGCUGUGAAAAAGAUGUAUUCCCUUGUCGGAAUGUCCAUGUCCAAUUUGUCGGCCUCCGCAUUUCAAUCUAAGAAGAAAGCUGGCUCCAUGGAGAGCGUGAAAAAAUGCAUCACGCCUGACCCCCACGGGAAGGGAAAACGGGUGUCGGUGAUGGUGGACCCAGAAGAAGUUGAACGUGAGAGACAGAAGGCCCAGCAAGAGGAACAACUGGUCCUUGACCUCAUAGCAUAUUUCCGGGACCACGUUUAUGAGGCAGUACUUUCAGCCACUUCUCGGUCCCUGGCUCUGCUUGCCGAGUCAUCAGGAUGUGACAGCGAGGUGGUGCGCGUGAUCAGCGCCAUGUCCAACCAUUCACAGUCCAGCUCCGGCUCUUCCCCUGAACCUGUGGGCUGGGGCUCACAGGGGGGCAGUUACCCGCCCUCACCAGUACCAGAUGGCCGGGCUGCCUCGGCUAAUGCUCGCCCUAUGUCCAGUCUUUCACAGUUGUCAACCAUGACUUGGACCACAGAGAAAACCCACCAUGUUACUUUCCUGCAGUUUGAGGUUGAAGUGAAGUUCAGUAUCCCAACCAUAAUAGUUGAACCAACACUGGAUGUGUCCCAGACUGCAGUAGCCGAUGUUGCCAAAUCUGUACUAGAGGCCAAUAGAGGUAUAGUGUGGACAAGUGCGAGGGGGGAGGAGAGUUUCUACGAUCUCAUAUCUGAUGACGAGAAUGUGGGCGACAUGAUGUCACAGCUCGCUUGUGUAGUGCACGAGCUUGAGCCAGUGGUGAACAAGCACCUGUUCCAUUUCUCAUACUACAACUUCCUGUGGAAGGACGACAUGCAUGGAAACUUUAAGGACUUCAUCUCGCGAGACCCCGGCAUGUUUGCAAUUAAGAAGGAAGUUGAAAGGUUCCUGUACAUAGAGAAGAAGGUCCUGGGUAUUCCCCGUGUUCUACCUGUGGGCCCCAUCUGCCUGCAGACUGACCCCAUCAAGGAUGCCCUUCAUGGUUUCUCCAUGGCGUGGAAAACACAGUUUGCCUCUGUGCUGCAUGAGGAGGCUAAGAAAAAGCUAGACCAGGCUGUCCUAUACAGAUCAAACGUGAACAACAGACUAGAGCUGCAUGUACAGACACUAGACCAGCUCAACUCUACACUACACCUACUGGAGGAGUUACGUGACAUGGAGAACAAGAUUGACGGCAUCUACCUGCCAAUAGAGACAAUGUAUGACAAGUUGCGAGAGUUUGAGCUGCGUCUGCCUCGAAACGAGGUGGAGGAGGUCGACUCACUCAGGGAGAACUGGUUUGAGCUGUGCGAGCUUGCUGAGCACGUGAGGGAAGUCCUCCUCAAGGAACGCAGGGGUGCCUUUGAACAGGAGCUAGACAAGCAGGUCAAGACAUUUGUGGUGGAGGUUAUCCAGUUCAGAAAUGCAUUUGAUGCCCAGGGCCCGGCAGUGCCUGGUAUCCCGCCUGCGGAGGCUGUUUCCCGCCUUCAAGACUUCCAGCAGAGAUACGGGCUCUAUGACUCCAAGAGGAAGACCCUGGACUCUGUCUCCAAACUGUUUGGUAUUCCUUGUAAACCAUUCAGCGAGCUUGAUAAAACUGGAGAGGAGCUGGACCUGCUGAGCCAGCUGUAUGGACUGUUCCAGAAGUUUAUCCGGUUUGACACAAGGUUCUGUGAUACACUGUGGGCCGAGGUCGACCUGGAUGCUUCUUACAAAGAGGUUGAGAGUUACUGGGACGAGUGUUUGGCUCUACCCAGCAAGCUGAAGGACUGGGAUGCAUGUAUAGACCUCAAGACAAAGCUGCAGACAUACCUCGAGGUCUUCCCGCUUCUCAACAGUCUAGCUGCCAAGUUGAGAUAUGGUGAAGAGAAUCCUCUCACUCGGGAGAUCCGGAACCGGCACUGGCUGCAGGUGAUGCAGGUAACCGGCAGCUCAUUCCAGCUUGAGGCCAACGUCUUUAAGCUGUGUCACCUCCUCGACAUCGGCCUCAUCAAACACAAGACAGCUAUAGAGGAGAUAUGCCUCGGAGCAAGUCGAGAGCUUGAACUGGAGAUCAAGAUGAGAAUGACUGAGGAGGAGUGGACGGAGCAGGUGCUUGCAUUUGAGCCGUACAAGCGACGAGGGCCGAUAUACCUUGACAAGGUUUCCACAGAAAGGCUACUGGAGCAGCUGGAAGAUGCACAGGCUUUGUUGGCCAACAUGCUCACCUCUAGAUACAUUGGCCCAUUGAGAGAUGAAGCAGCCAGCUGGGCUGAGAAGCUGAAGGAGGUUGCUGAAGUUCUAGAACUGUGGUUGGAAGUGCAGGACUUGUGGCAGUACCUGGAGGCCGUCUUCAGCAACCAGGUUGCAGCUAAGGAGUUGCCACAAGAAGCAAAGAGGUUUGCCAGGAUUGACAAGAGUUGGACAAAAAUGAUGAAGAGAGCUUUCGACACAAGAAAUGUCCUUCAGUGUUGUUAUGGAGGAGAAGUCCCCAAAGCUGUCUUGCUGCGACAUGUAUACGAAGAGUUGGAGAUCUGCUUCAAGUCACUUGUCGGUUACCUUGACAACAAAAGGAGGGUGUUCCCGAGGUUCUAUUUUGUCUCAGACCCAAUCCUGCUCGCCAUUCUCAGCCGACCUACUGACCUGGAAUCUGUCAAACCACACCUGAAGUCAAUAUUUGCGAGUAUCAAUGAUGUAAAGUUGGAGGAAACUCGGGCUGGUCCCAUAGAGCCCACAGAUGAGGUUGGCUUUCCGGGCUCUAACACAGGGCUCCGGUCAGGCACGCCCGGAAGCCGGGCAAAAACCUCCAGCGUCCUCUCCACCCAGAACCGUGGUGACACUCCACCCAAGAUUGAUAAACGACUCACUCAGAUAUAUGGUGGGCAGAGUGACACCCAGCAGCAGAUGCGGCGUAUUGCGAAGCCCCGCAUGCGCACCCAGCCCAGGGGGCGACCUGCGGUGGAGAGAAUUCUCUUUAGCUCCACCCCCGGGCCCCAGAGUCGAAACAUGAACCCUAGCAUACUGCAGCAGGGCCCAACAUAUCUGCCGUCAGAGGGUAUGGUAGAGGAAGUUGUAAUUAAGGAUGCCGUGUCCGUAUCCAGUGCCGACGGCGAAUCGUUUGUACUUGCUGAGAAGGUGACAUUGACUGAUGAAGUCGAGACAUGGGUAUCGAAGCUGCGUGACUCUGUGUGUAAGACCAUACGCGAGAUGAACAUUGCUAUUAUACAGGACUGCAAUAGCAAUGUGCCGAUUGAUGAGUGGGCCCUAAAGUACCCAGCUCAGGUGUGCCGUAUGGGGAUGUUAUAUCACUGGACCCGGGAGUGUGACCUCGGUAUCGCUGACAUCAAGUAUGACCGCAAGGCCCUUCAGGGGACACUAAAGAAGUACAUCAGCACUGUGUCAAAACUCUCCAGCGUUUUGGCGCGCGGGCAGUGGCGAUCUCUUGAAGAACCUAUGCUGCCCUUACACAAGAACAGACUCGAGUGCAUGAUUACUACAUCCCAGUUCCUGCGCGAUGCCUUGGACAACCUAUGUCAGCGUAAGCUGCGUGAGGUGUCUGACUUUGAGUGGCGACGAUGCAUGAGGUGUUACUACCAGCCCGUUGUGGAGGAGGUGUACGAUGCUAGUAGUAUCGGUAGUAAGGGAGUCACGCCCGAUAUCAGUGAGGAGAGAAUGGAGCCUCUGAUCUGGAUCCUGGACACAUCUUACCAAUAUGGGAAUGAGUUUUACGGCAUGAGUCCUGGGGUGGCGCUGACCCCGGUGACGGAGAAAUGCUUUCUGACCAUGUCACAGGCCCUACAGCGUCACCAGGGAAGCAGCGUCACUGGGCCUGUUGGCAGCGGCAAAACUGAGACUAUCAAGGGCUUGGCUAAUGUGCUAGGUCAGUUCCUGGCUGUGUUCCAGUGCUCAGAUGAGACAGACCCCACGUGUAUGUCCAAGAUUAUCCAGGGAUCUGCCAUGGAUGGCUGCUGGUGUUGCUUUGAUGAGUCACAGGCACUGGGCCCUAUUGCCAUGGCAAUGAUGAUGGAGAACCUAGAGUCAGUCGUCAACGCCUUGAAGGCCAGACACGCCUUCACCACCCUGGCUGACGGACAAGAGAUUCCCCUGAAGCGCAGUGUGGCCGUUCACAUGACCAUCAAUCUGUCAGACUGGAAUCAGACUACACGCCUCUCCAGCGAUAUUCGCCUCUUGUUCCGAUCUAUCUCCCUUGUACGACCGGAUGUCGGAAUGAUCAUGAGAGCCAAGUGCACAGCCCUGGGAUUCAAGGCCCCGAUUGUCCUUGGGUCAAGGCUUAAAGUCCUCACUGAACUGGCAAAGGAUCAGCUACCACCCCAAAUACAGCACCACUUCAGUAUCGAGGCUCUUGUUGGAGUGCUGAGACGUGCUAUGCAGAAGCGGAAAUACAUCCGGGAUGAGAAAACACAAGACAAAAUGGACAUGAAGAAGGAAGAGACAUCGCGCUCUAACAGUCAGGCCUCAGACAGUAGACCCAACCUGCCCCAGCAGAGCUCGACGGGUGAGAGGAGCUUUUUGACCCAAGGGAACAUGAAGAUUGGUCCAACAGCGGGACACCGAAAGACAGGCACCCCUAACCCCAUGACAGCUGCGGGGAAGUUGGAACAUGCCCUCGUUGCUCAGACGAUAGAGGAGAUGAUCUCACCCAGACUCAUGGGAGAGGCGAUGCCAAUCUUCAAGGCUUUGCUGAAGGAUUGCUUCCACAGUCUUCCCGAGCCCCCACCAGUGAUCGGGGCGAUAUCUGCCCGUACCCGAGGGUUUGACAUUGACCAGGCCCUGGAGACAAAGGCCAAAGAGCGUGGCCUGAUCCCUCACAAAUCAUGGCUCUCCAAGUGUAACCAGCUCUACAACCUGUCCAGUGUACAUCAUGGUCUGAUAGUUGCUGGCCCACCAGGCAGUGGUAAGAGCACCUGUAUCCAGACACUUAUUGACUCCCUAUCCAUGACUCCCAAGGCAGGGCUGUCCCGGGGGUCAUCAGGAAGCAAGGGGUCGGCUAAGUCUUCUGAGAAGACCCACAAGCUUAUCCGGAUUAACCCGCUCGUGGUGGACGAGUCGGACCUGAUGUUCGGUCAUCUGAAUCAGAACAGUGACUGGGUGGAUGGGAUAUUCACAAAUGCCUGCAGGAAGGCCAACAGGAACCUGAGCAAGACAUGGCUGUGUCUAGAUGGUCCACUAAACACCGGCUGGGCAGACAACUUCAACAGCGUCCUCAACUCAGAUAAGGUGCUUCACCUGCGGAAUGGUGACAAGCUGUUCCUGUCGGACAACAUCAACAUCAUCUUUGAGACGGCACGUCUCCCUGAGGCUUCACCCUCUACUGUCUCCAGAUGCGGUAUCCUGUACAUUGACAAAGAUGUGGUCGGAUGGAAGCCCAUCGCCAGAGCCUGGCUCGAAAAUCGUACCCCACAGGAAAUACAUGAAAAGGAUGAACAAAGGUUUGCUCCAAAUGACAAUCCCGAGUCACCAGACAAUGUUAUACCAGAGAGAACUGUGGAAGGGGUGUUACAGCGAGCCUUCCAGAAAACUCUUGACCCUGUCAUCAACUUUGUCCUCAAUGAUGCCAAACCGCGAGUGCGUCUUUCGGAGGUCGGAAUGUUCAAGACGUGUCUUGGCCUGCUGGCGGCCAUGUUGGCAGACAACAUUGAGAUUGGCGGGGAGCUCCACAUUGAGCGACUCUACCUGUUUUGUCUCAUCUGGACUUUCGGUGGCCUUCUGGACGCCCAUGAUCGCAAGGUCUUCAGCGACCUUCUGAAGACCCUCUCUACUGCUCUGCCAGAUGACGACCGUGACAUCUGCGUGUUUGACUACUACGUUGACGAGAGUGGUGAAUGGGACCCCUGGAUCUCCCGUGUCCCAGAGGCUGUAUACGCAGACAACCAGAACAUGCUUGGCGAGGUUUUCGUUGAUACAGUAGACACAAUACGAACACGGAUUCUCAUGGAUUUUGCCUCUGCGUCAGGACAGAAUGUCCUAUUGGUGGGGGCUCCUGGCUCAGGGAAGACAACUCUCAUUGAUGAGUUCAUGGACUUCCAGGACUCAACAACGAGUGUAUGCAAGCGUCUGGUGUUUUCCGGGGCUUCAACUGCACGUCAGCUACAGCAGUUUGUAGAGUCAAACAUCUACCACCGCCAGGGCUUCGUGUAUGGAGCUAAGGAAGGCAAGAAACUGAAGGUGUUCAUUGACGAUGUGAACCUUCCCGUGCCUGACCAGUACAAUGUGCAGAGAUGCAACCAGCUCUUACGACAGCUGCUGGAUGACAAGGUUGUGUGCACGCUGCAGAAGCCGUUCGAGUGGAAAACAGUAGAGGACUUCACGGUCAUCUCCGCCAUGUCAAUGUCCGAGUUUCCAUCUGUAAACAACCAGAUGCUCUCUUCAAGGCUGCUGAGGCACUUUGCUGUGUUUAACCUGCCAGGGCCUCAGGAUGACGCUCUUAGAACUAUUGUGCACGGAAUACUUGAGGCGAAUGUGACAGACAAUGACAAGCCUGGCCUGGAGAUUGACCUUCACAACAACAUUGUAAAGGCAUCGUGUCAGAUCCUGGCAGCAGUCCAGUCAGUGCUCCGCCCCACCCCCCUUCCCGGCCGAUACCACUAUCUCUUCACACUGAAGGAUCUUACCACAUGUUACCAGUGUCUGAAGAGACUGCCAGAUGAAUCAAUGGCGGAUGAACUGAUGGUUGUGUCUCUAUGGAAACACGAGAUGAACAGAAUCAUUCGGGACAGGAUUUCGCGCAGCUCCGAUCUCAACUGGUUCGAUGAGAUACUGGAGAAAACUCUUUCGCAGUAUUGGCCCAAGCUUGAAGCCCCCGUCCAUGAGCACUUUGUCACAUUCCCGACUGACGCCAGACUUUACCAGAGGCCCGUCACAUCCGUGGGUGCCAAACAUAUCAAGAUUGCUCUACAACCAGUAGAGACAUUACGUGACCUCCAUUCCUGUCUACACACCCACCUGACCCGCUAUAACGAGGAGUUUGGCAAUGUUCGCCUUAACAUUAUGUUGUCAGACUUUGUCAUCGCCCACAUCAUCAGGAUACACAGGGUACUCAGCUUCCAUCACGGGGGCAACAUGUUAAUCGUGGGUGCAGUCGGUUGCCAUCUUACCACACUGUGUCAGCUGGCCCUGCACGUGGCUGACGUGCAGACACUCAAGAUGGACACUUCAAAACCGAGCAACUUCUUCGACGGACUCAGGUCCGCUGUCAGACUUACAGGAUCAGAGGGCAAGAUACUCACACUGGUCUUUACUGCCCGAGACCUUGAGGACCCAGUCUAUCUGGACGCCAUUAACAGCUUGCUGAUCAGCGGGGAAUACCCACACCUCUUCUCGAAUGAUGAACUUGAAGGCCUGCUCCUUGCAAUUGGCCCCUCCAUGAAGAGAGAAUUCCCGAGCAUGUCUGUCGAUGCCAUGAAGUUCUUCAUUGCAAGGGUGCGAUGUAACCUUCACAUCGUCAUCUGUAUACAGCCUGGACACGACCUGCUCAAGAUUGCUGCUAGACAAUACCCGGGCCUGCUGAGUGGGUGUAACAUCAACUACAUGUGUGACUGGCCCCAGGAAGCCCUGCUAGGGGAAGCCUCAUAUUUCAUCACCAAGAACCAGCUCACAGAGGAAUUUGAAGACCUUGGGGAGCAUGUGACAACAUGCCUGGCAAACAUCCACAGUUUUGUGUUACGAGACUGCCGUCAGAUGCCAUGGGCAGGAGAUUUGAACCCGGAGAUCUCAUUGACCGCGGUCAAGCAACACGAGAAGAAGAAGGACCAGCUUAAAGUCAGCUCCAGCAAGGUGCCCAACCUGCCCUACUCCAAGGUCAUACUGCAUGAGAGAAUCAGGGUGAAGCACAGAGGAAAUGAGAUCGCCAAGAACGAAAUGUUUGUGGGGCCGACCACGUUCCGUCGCUUCAUGGAGAGUUUCCGAUACCUCUACACAGUCAAAUCUCGUGACAGGACACACAAUGUGGACCAACUCAAAAAAGUGCUUGCCACCCUGGAUCAGACCCGCAAUGAUGCAAAAGUGAUGAAAAAGGCAAUUAAGAACACCACAGGGAAAUUUGAGGAGGCGAAGGUUCGAACAGAGGAGCUGCUUAUCCAACUGUCCCACAAGGCAACGAUACUAGAGAAGUUGAAGGCGAAGGUUGGGCUGAGCACAUCCCUCGACGCGUACCUACAUCUGAACGAGAUGGAGACAGAACAGGAAGAGGAGGAUGAGCUUCUGAAGCAAGAGGAGUAUGAUGACUAUGACAAGGAGUUUGACAAGAUGCGUGAGGCGACUCUGAAGACACGCGGAGUUCAGGCUCGUGAGGAGCUUUCAGGUGCCAAAACACAGGUCGAGGAGUGCAGGAAAAAUCUGGAGUACGCCCGCGAACAGGUUGUUCACUGGAAGAGCAAAGUGGACAAGGGCUGUAUUGAGCGUCUGCGUGCGUUCUCCAGCCCGCCGGUCCUGGUUGGGCAAGUGAUGGAGAUGGUGAUGAUCUUGAUCGGCAAACGCUUGCCGUCCCAGCGUAUCGAGACCCGGGAAUAUCCCACCGGCAAGGAUGAGAUGUCCUCUCGAAUGUCAUCAAGCUCCUCUGGGACAAAGGUGGUCAAGAAAUCCGAGCCCAGAAGUUUCAUAGCAAAGAAGGAUGACUCUACACGCGUGGACCGUACCCAGUGGAAGGGUAUUACAAACACGAUGAACGAUAGCACCAAGUUUGUGGACAUGCUUCGUAAUGUCUCCUGGGAGGACGGCCUGCCUGAAGAUGUGCUGCGAGCUGUGGAGAGUUGUCUGGCUCAGGGUAAGGAUGGUGAGCUUGGAGUGACAGGGGAGGGAACUCUGCUUGAGAAUGCUGCUGAUAUCAGCAUCCAUGCCAAGAAGCGCACGCAAUCCCCAGACAACUCAAAGGGUAUCACAAUCGCCAACGCCAAGUAUUCCAGCGAGGACUCCGCCACAUUGGUACAGUACACGAUAGCCAUCGUGGAGUACACGCGAAGAUGUGGACCACUCAAGUCUGCCCUCGAGCGCAUGCAUGAACUGCAGCGUGAGAUAGAGGAAAACGAUCGCCUACAGAGAGAAAAGGAAAAAGAGGCAGAAGCAUCUGAGAACAAGGAACAGCCGAAGGAGGAGGAAACGGAGGAGGUAGAGUUCCAGGAACAAGAUUACGAUGAGGAUGACCUUCCGGGGAUCCAGGCAGAUCUGAACGCCUUGCAGACAGAGUUUGACCAGGCAGUGGUGGAGAAACACUCCCUGGAGAUGGAGCUGAUCUCCAUGAAUGAGAGGCUCAAGGCUGCCACCGAGAUGGUCGAAAGCAUGCGCGCCCAGGAAGGAGACUGGAAACAACAUGUGAAGGACAACGACUGUAACGAGCUACUUCUGGCCAACUGUGUCUCCGCAGCAGCAUUCCUAACAUACUGCGGACCUCACAAUAUGGACACCAGGAAGCGUAUGGGAGAGUUCUUCAUGCAAGUGUGUGAGCAUCAUGGCAUGCCGCUGCCCAAGAAAAGCCUUUUCCGUAACCUGCAGAUGGUCGACUUUCUGUAUACACCUCUGGAUAUCAUGCACCUGGAGAUAAAGCGUCUUCCGACCUCGCCCCUCAUGCUGGAGAAUGCAGUUUUCCUCAUGCAAGAAGAGAGCCUCACUGCCUGGCCGCUUGUCUGUGAUCCAACCAGCCGCAUCAUCGACUGGCUCCGAUUCUACAUGAAGGACAAGAAUCUCGUUGAAGUCAGAUACUCUGAAAUUCGCUCACAGCUGGAGAACUGCCUGGCAGAUGGGAGCCCCCUGCUGGUGACUGACUGUGACAUUGAAAAGCUUGCAAAGGACUCAAGGUUCCGAUAUGCCAUUCAGCGUUGCACAGACUUUAUACAUGGCAAGAACCGCUUCAAGAUCAUAGUUGAGGAUCACGAGGUGGAGUGUGAUCCACGCUUCCGGUUAUUCUUGCACACCACUGUAGAGCCCCACAUGGUGCCCCAGUCCCUGGCAGCGUAUGCAGCUGUCAUGUACUUCCAACUGUUCCGCUCAUGCGUGGAGGAAGAGCUGCUUGACAGGUUCAUGGCACAUGAGAAAUCCAGGCUGGAAGAUGAGAUGACUGCUCUCAGACAGGAGCGUCAGGAGAACAUGGAAUACCUGGACAAACUAGAGCGCCAGAUGAGGACAAACUUAUCCAGCGACGUCCGCCUCAUGAACGACCUGCAGGCUACAAAGAAACUUGCAGAGCUCAAGAAGCAGUUUGACGAGACAGUAGAAAGUCAAACUCGUGUUGAGCUGAGUGAGGGAUCGAUACUGAAAGCUCGGGAUGGUUUCCGCUCCAUUGCACAACGGGCAGCCGUGUGUUUCGACGUUACACAGUACAUGAGAGAGGCCAACCCACUCUACCAAAUCUCGUAUGAGAGGUUCCUAGACAUUUACGAUUCAGCCAUCAGCCACUCUGAGAGAUCUGCAGUAAAGGCUGUACUGGAGAAGGUGACGACCCAUGCCUACUACUACACAGCCAGAGCUCUGAUGGAGAAGGACAGAUUCAUCUAUGCCCUAGCACUCGCACUCGAGGUUGAAGACUCGAUGGGUCGUAUCGGUAUCGGAGAGCGAGAGUUCCUCAUCUCCCCCGACUACAGCUCCGUCGUGAUGUUGUCUCUCGGCCAUAUACAGCCGAACCAGGAGAAUAAGAUCACCCAGGCCAAGAAGCCGUUUGAUUGGAUGACAGAUGACCAGUUUCAUAAUCUCCAGGUCCUCGCGACACACUUUGACUGGUUCCAGGAAAUGUUUGAUCGAAUGCCGAAGGACGGGCGUGAGACCCAGUGGCGAGGUUUGUGUGAGACAGAGAGCCCAGAAACUGUUGCCCUGCCAGACAAGAUGGACGACAUCUAUAAACCCAUGCAGCGACUUUGCGUGGUACGAGCGGUUCGAAGUGACAAGGUGAUGCAUGCAGCCACUGUGUUUAUAAACACAGUCCUGGGAAAGAACACAUUGCCCGGUGCGGCCGGUCGUAAGGGGUUCUACGGUGAUAUUGGUAUCGAUCUCCCCACAUUGCUGAAGCAGAGCUCGGCAACCGUUCCCAUCAUGCUCCUGUAUUCGCGUGAGGCUGAGGUGGCCGGAAAACUGUUCUCAGAAUUCGCAAACAGGAAGCAGAUGCGGACCCUGGUGGUGUCAGUGACAGACAACAACCCUGGCACUGAGAGGACUGCUAGGAAAUACAUACAGAAGGCUAUGGCAGAGGGUAUGUGGGUGAUGUUAAACAAUGCUCACAAUGCUCCGUCCCUGCUACUCUCCCUUGAGUCAAUCCUGGAGGAGCUUACUUCAGGCACGAGUCCCGAACCAAACUUCCGCGUGUGGAUCUCGAGCCAAGCCCUAAAUGAUGUCCUCCCUGUACGCCUGUUGCAGAACUCUGUCAGGGCCGUUAUAGAUUCACCCAAGGUGAUGAAGGACAGCCUGGUACGGUCUUUCUCAAGUUUCGAGCCAGACAUUUUGAAGCAGUCAACACGUGCGGAGUGGCCUGUGAUUCUCCACAACCUCUGUUACCUGCAUGGGGCCAUCCAGCUCAGAACACGCUUUGGCUAUGGUGGAUGGAACAGCCCAGCUGACUUCAAACAUAUCGGCAACUUUGAACUUCAGGAGUCUCUGUCAUUUAUAACUAAUGAGUUUAAGGAUCAGAUAAUGUACAUGGGUCCAGACGGUACCCAGCAGCCUCGUAUAACAUCCUGGACAGGGAUACGGUACAUGCUGUCUGAGGUAAUCUAUGGCAGCUACUCUACGGACGUCAACGACCAGCAGAGUCUUAGCGCUAUGAUCGACUACUGGGUCUCGCCAAACGCUGUCAAAAAGGACUUUGAAGUAGCAAGAUUGAAGUACCGCCACCCUGCGGCGUUCUUCAAUCCAAAUGUUCGUUUGAACACGCUGAUUCAGGCCCUUGAGGGUAUCAGUUACCACUUCCUGGAUGUUCCUGAAGGAUGCCAUAUACACCCUAAUGUAGAGCGAGUUAAAAAAGAGGAGUUGCCAAAAGGUGAACUAGAAAAACUUUCCCAAGAUAUUCCCACAUUGACCCUGCUAGGUGAUGACCAGUAUGUAUUUACCCGUCUAAACAAGGUCUUUGAUGCCAUGCCGUCCACCGAAACACUCUCUCACAAGCUGUUCCAGAGGCCCCCGUCACCUUUUGAAGGUCCAGCCCUGGCAAACAUUAGCAGCCAGAGUAAUAACCCAUCUGUCGUGGGCCAUGGUGUGUUUGCCACGGCAAGUUUCGCCUCGUUCAAGAUGCGUAAGGAGGUUGAACUGUGGGAGAUCUGCUACACCAUGCUCCAGAAAGUGCCAAAGGCUUACAACAAGGACUACAUAGUUGAGAAGGUGAAGAAGCUGGGCGGGUUUACAACGUUCAACUGCUACAUCAUGAAGGAGUUGGAGACCAUGUACAGGCUCCUUACAGAGAUCAAACAGACACUCACCAUGAUCCGGAAUGCCUGUGAGACGGAGAAUCUUGGUGAUCAGGUAUCUGACAGUGUGUUGUCUGCGGCCGACGACCUGUACCACCUGCGUAUCCCAUCAGUGUGGUGCCAGAUGUCGGGGCCGUCUGCACCGCCUCUCACCUGGGGGCUAGGAUCCUGGCUGAACGAGCUCCAAAGCAGAUGUCACCACUUUGAGAAAAUACUUAUACUGGGCCGCGAAAAGAUGCCUGCAUACUGGCUGGGAGCGUUCUUCAACCCACGAGGCCUCCUUGCCCUUAUGAAGCAAGAAUACAUACGUCAGUAUGCUACAGAGCGAUCAGGCAACUUCGAACAGUUUGUUUUCCAGACAGAGGUCACAUCCAGGGACAAAGACCAUCUGCGUGACCCACCCCAGGAGGGCAUGUUUGUGUUUGGUAUCUACAUCUGGGGUUGCGCCUGGGACAAGACCACUGGGGAGCUACAGGAUGCCCCGCCCAAGUCAGGCUACGCCACACUGCCCGUUGUCCACCUCACCUGCUGGCCAUCCAAUGAGAAGCCACUUUUACAGGACUCCAACCGCGCUGCGGAGAACUACCAGUGCCCAGUGUACGCUUCUCGUAUUGCGACCCGGGAACAAAUUAUGGAGCUUGACGUGCGGCGGGAGGGAAUCCCGUCCACCCGGUGGGCUCUGCGUGGUUUGUCUGCCACAAUCAGACCAUACUAGACUAUUUAAGUGGAUGAGCAAAGAUAACUUUGCUUUAGCAUCUGGUCACAUAAGGACACCAAGAUGGCCUUUAUUUAUUGACUGAACAUAUCAAUUGUUGUAUAAUUCUACCACUCUGUGAGAUUCUAAGUGUGCAAAAUCUAUAUUCAUAUUUAUAAAUCUGUAAGAAGUCUGUUUUAAACGAAAUGAGGGAGCUUAAAUAUAAACUGACUUUGUACUGUUUCACUUUUGUCAAUUAUGUGAUAAAAUCUGUGAUAUUUACCCAUAGAUGUAUAUCUUGAUAUAUGUAUAUAUAUGAUAUUUAUCCCAAUUGGAGUGAAAUAUUCCUAGGUUAGUGGGUUGAAUAGAUAUAUUGGUUUAGUUUUGACAGUUUCUUCAAUACCUAACUUCAAAAACAUCUCUUCAAUACUUACAGUUUUAAACCAGCAUUGCAGUGGUCGAAAUUAACACAAGCUCUGCACUGGUAAAAUGUCUUCCGGGCUUGCUCAUAUUCUGAAUUUUAUAUAGCAGAGCUUGUUAAAAACUUUAAUGCCAAGCAAUAGUAUACAAAUUCAGGCUUGUUCAUCCAAAAGUCUUAUUUCAAUGACUGGUAUAGUAUUUCAACUGCCAUACCUAAUUCAGAUGUUAGUUCUGGUGCAUUAAGUUUUUCGUAAUUGUUUUACAUGGAACAUAUCAGAUCUGGUGAAGUAACUGUUGCAUCAUUGUGAUUUUGUUUUCAAAAUUUUGGUUUUGACAAUCUAUAAUCUUCCCCCUUUAGCGAGCAUGUUUGUUGUGUAAAAAUGGCAUAUCUGAUAUUAUGAUUUGAUGACACAUAUCGAGAAUUACUAUAAUUCUUGAAUCUUGCAUACAUACCAUUUUAGGGGGUUAUGGCAAAAUGUAUUUUUUCUACUUUUUUAUUGAAUGCCACUGAAAACCUUCUUUUAUUUUCACUUGUUUAUUCAUAUAUUUGUUAUUGCGUGUUCAUGGUGUUGAAAACUUGAAAGUAUUUAAUUUGUUUUUUUAUUGAUUAUUAUUUAUGUUUCUUAUUUAUGUAAAUAUUUGAUAUGGUUUUCAUUAUUAUAUUUAUUUAAAAUUCUGUGAUGUCGAGCAACCCCUGCCAAACUUUAUACGAGUGCUGCUGACAUUGUGUCCGUCUUAAAUCCACAAAUCCGUCCGAAUAUUUUGAAAAGAUUUGUUUUACAUUGGGUCUUUUUUCAAAAACAAUUAGUUUUAUGUAUAUUCUCAGAUUUGUUGAGUUUACUUUUCUCAUCAAGUGCAAAUGAUAAUUCUUGUAAAAUUACAUUUCUAGUAUGAUACAUGUAUGCUGUACAACUGAAUGUUGUGCCAAAUACCUACACCAGUUUCACAGUUACCCUCAUAGCUGUGAUUUUGGUUCAGCACAAAGGAUAUUAGUUAAUACAACUGUGGAAUACUAGCAUAGGUGCAAGAAAAUUUGUAUAAAAGUAUUUCUUUAAGCUCGUCAGUUUUUUCAAAGACUAAAAAGUUGACAUAUCAUCAUAGGCUUGGUGUCGGCAUGGCUUCGUCAAUAGUGCAGAAAGUUUAACCAUGGCCAAAACUCAGCAACCUUCAAAUUUUGCGAAUGAAACUUGAUACAUGUGUUGCCAGUAGUAAUAAGCCGACUUAAUUGUCCAAAACCUCCAUUUUUCAACUGAGUAAAAAUGAUGAGCGUUAACAUUCACUCUUGAUUAUUUUUGUAGACUAGUUGCCAAAUACGUAUAUAUGUACAUGUAAGUACUUGAAGUAUUGUUCAAGAAAUAAUUGUUUGUUGAAAUUUUUAAGGUGAAAUAAAACUGUUAU